AUUAGUGUUAAGUCAAUAAUGUUUUACAAUAUAUAUUAAUACCUUAUAUUGUUAAAUAUUUGUUUAUUUUUUUGUUCUUUAAUUAAAUUUUUGUAUUAUAUAAAUGUUAAAUUUACGUUUUCAGUUUUAUAAUUUUUAAUUGAUCUGACAAAUUGUCAAAAAAUUAUUAAAAAUAUGGAUUAUAAGGAAGAUGUAACACAUUUCAUAAUUAAAUUUAUGGAAAACAACAAAUAUGGCAAAGCAAAUAUUGACCUAGUACCAAUAUCGUGGACCUAUUAUGUGGAAGGCAAAUUGUAUUGCAAAUAUCCGACAAAAAAAGAUUACCAUAAAAUAGAUAAAAUGAGCAAAGUUUCAUCUAUUUAUGGGCCUUUGUGGAAAGGUUAUGAAGUGAAUGUGAUUAAAGAAGUUCGAAAUUACGAUCAGGGUCUUAGAAGAAUGAACAGGGCAUUCUCAGACACAUUAGUUCACAGCAGCAAUGUCGAUGAUCAAUAUAGCAGUCAAGAAGAAGACGACCCUAUUAAUCUAAGUGGAGUUGAGCUAAAAAAUUAUCUAAAAGAUAUACCUCCUUUUAAUGCUGCAGAAGAAAAAAUAAAUGAUAACGGUAGUGUGCAGUCUGGGAUGUCAACAUCAUUCGAUUCAUUUUCAAAAAAAACCAAGCAAAAAAAACCUAAGAACAAGUCCUUGAGUAGCAUUGCUUUUUCUAGUAAAAAUGACGAUGCCAUAGUUGUAGAGGACAGUGAUAUAAAUGAUGAUGAUGUGCAGUCUGAGAUGUCAACAUCAUCCGAUUCAUUUUCAAUGACUUCCAAGCAAAAAAACCCUAAGAACAAGUCCUUGAGAAGCAUUGCUUUUUCUGGUGUAAAAAAUGUUGCCACAGUUGCAGGACAAAAAAAAAGAAAAGAUGAUGAUGUGCAGUCUGAGAUGUCAACAUCAUCCGAUUCAUUUUCAAUGGAGAGUGAUAUAAACGAUAAUGAUAGUAAGAUACAGUUCAAUCUUGCUCAGUCAUCUCAAAAGUCUAAAACCAAAAAGAAAUCUAUGCCAAUUACCAAACCAAAUCACAAUAAACCUUUAAACAUUAAAAAGAAGAAACAGUGCCCAACAUGUGGUUGUACAUGUGCAACAGGUAUGCCACCUUCAGAAACUUAUGUUUCAAGAGCAAAUUUAGAAUCAGUCAAAAGAAGCUUAGAAUAUAAAAUCACAGAAGAGGCCAAACAAACAAGGCACUUAUUUGCAUCCCACAAUAAUAUAGGAGAUAUUAACAAAAUCAUGCUGGAAGAAAACUUAGAUGACAUGCCCAAAUUAAACUUAGAAGAUUUCCAACAAUUCGAUAAUGAAUUAAAAACUAAUUUGGAGUUAGUUAAAAAGCUGAAAUGUUUUAUGUUGAUCUCCAUUAAAAGUGGAGAUAAAUUAUCUGAAAGUUUAAAAGCAGUUAUUCCAAGAAUAAUUUCGAAGGAAGUACAAUUAUUAUAUAGUGCUUUUGGAAGAGAAACAAAUGGAAGCAAGAAAUUGAACUUUUCUGGGACACAAUCAUACAAAUAUUUAUUAGAAACCAUUACUACCAAAGACCCUAAUUUAAAAUUAAAGGAUAUUUCAAGCCAACUAAGCCGUUGGUUUUCGGGUGCUAAAGAUCGUGAGGGUGGGAAGAAAGAUAGGAUUUUUAAGAAAAUGAAACACAGCCUUAGUAGAGAAGAUAAAAGUGAUUAAAAUAUAUUAAUUGUAUUUUAAAAAGGUGUUGUUUAAUAAAGAUUAUG